AGAGAAACAGAAAAAGUGAUUUUGUUUAUUUACUUUUCAACUGAUGUCGAUUCUUAAUUGUUACCGGUUUCCAUUAAUCUCUUUCUUAGUUGUUGUUAUUUAAUUUUAAAUUUUUUGGUCAUUACUUUAAAUGGAAACUUCAUGUUUAGACGAUUUAACUCAGAUUAGCUCUUCAAGCAUCAUGUCUUGACUUCAACAAUGGUAAUGGUCAGUCCAACUCUUGGAACUACAUGUAUUAAUAGAUGAUCCGAUUUUUUGGUCUUAUAUUCUGGUCACAAAUUCAAGGUUACAAAAACAAUUUAUCCAAUCGGAAAAGAUUUGUAAUCUUUCCUGUGCCCUCAUCACUUAAUCAACCUUGAUGGAUUUACCCUCAUCUCCACAAAUAUCAAGUUCAUUUCAUUGAACAUCGACUUCAAAGGAAAUCAUUUUUUUCUAUCAUUUAAAUUAUUCCAAUUAUCAGUAUUAAUGUCAAUCGGAUUGCGAUUAGCGUCACGAUUGCUUCUCUUUUUCAAGAAACGCUUAAUUUCACUAUGGAGCGUUCCUGUAACGAGAGUUUCCCGUUUUUGGUACAUCACAAAAUUGACCUUGAAGAGUUUAUUUUAUAAUCAUCAUUUGGACUUUGGUUAUGCUGCUGAUACCCUUUUGGAACCAAUUUUCUGGUUCGUUGAUCAUUUCACCUCUUCCUUGGGACCUUUUUUCGUUAGUAUGGUCAUCAUUUUCUUAACAAUUUUCGUGGUCAUCGCUUAUGCAAUUGGUUUACCUUGGUGGUGGAAUCAGAGUGUACCCGUUACUCUAUUAGCUUUAACCAUUGGAAAUUAUUUAUUAGUCAAUGUCAUUUUCCAUUAUUACAUGGCAUUAACUACUCCUCCUGGUCAACCACCUCAUGAUCGUUUACUUAUUGAAGUCGUUUCGAUAUGUAAAAAGUGUAUGACACCAAAGCCUCCACGAACUCAUCAUUGUUCAGUCUGUGAUAAAUGUAUUCUUAAGAUGGACCAUCACUGUCCAUGGCUCAACAAUUGUAUUGGUCAUUUUAACCAUCGAUUCUUUUUCUCUUUCUGCUUUUUUACUUGGCUUGGGACUAUUUUCGUUAUGAUUUUCGGUUCUUUCAUCGCAUAUGAACAUUUCUUUCUAACAACUGAUGAUCAUCUCGAUGUUUCAAUAGAAAAGACCAAAAUCUCUAAGGAAAUAACUAAAGAUUCCUUAUUGGAUUCGGUGAUAAAUAAUUUGGCUUCCAUGAAAAAUGGAGCAAUCAUAUUUGAAUUGCUUCUUACUGUUGGUGUUUUUCUCGCUAUCGGUGCUCUUGGUGGUUGGCACGCUAAAUUAAUCACGAGAGGAGAGACUUGUGUGGAAACUUACAUUAAUAAAAAGGAGAAGGAGAAAUCACUUAAACAGAAUACAAAGUUUAUCAAUCCCUACGACAAAGGUCCCAGAGAAAAUUGGAAAAUAUUUCUUGGUCUAAAUAGAUCUGACAUAAGCAUUAGACAUAUUCUAUUACCAUCUAAACAUUUACCACUGGAUGAUGGACUUCGAUCACAUUAACGGAAAAAUCAACUCUACGAUUCAAUUAUUAAUAAUUGUGCCAUCAAUUCACAAGAAAACAAAUCUACAUGUAUAAUCAAACCUUUACCAUGCCCAAUACUUGGCUGUUUUUUAUGUAAUCAAGUUAAUUUUAUAUAAGUUUAUUCUUCUUCCAUAUUAAUUAA